AGCGGCAGUUCUGUUGUUGUUAUCCCUCCUUUUCAGCUUCGCUCCCUCAUCAAACUUCGCCGCGCUUUACCACCCCUGUGCCGCUGACACUCUUAAUAUGGUCACCACCAAUGGAACGGCGAACGGAAACCCCCGCAAGGGCUUGGUCGAUGUCUCGAUUGCCCUGCGUCCCAAUGAUCUGGAGAGAGUUCCGGGCCUCAUCCAAGACAUCUCCGCCACCGGCGAUGCCCUGAAGCCUGAUGACGGGGCUCGCCGGUUGCAGCUGCUGGAGAAGGCCCGCGAUCUGGUCCGCGCUUUGGAGACACCGCGUGAGACCAUGAUCAAGCAUUGCUGGGCUGAGCCAUCUUGUCUCAUGGCACUCUCCAUCGGGGUGAACAUCGGCUUGUUCCACCACAUGGUGAAGGACGGCGAUCGAUCAAAGAAGGCCGGGGACUUGGCUAAGACCCUUGGCAUCCACCCCCCUCUGUUGUGUCGCUUGAUGCGCCACAUGGCCGCCAUGGGGUACAUGACCGAGGUGGCUGCCGACGAGUACAAGCCGACCAACUUUACCAAAUCGCUCACCAUACCCAUCAUCGGAGAUGGCUACCCCUGCAUCGUCAACGGCUGCCUCCCCGCCCUCAUCGCCACACCCAACUGGCUCGCCGACCACGACUACCAAACCCCCAACGACGUCUCCCACGGCCCCUACCAAGCCGCCUACAACACCCCCCUCAACUUCUUCGAAUGGCUGCAAGCCAACCAACCCAACGGCACCCAAUUCAACCACCACAUGGGCGGCUACCGCCAAGGCCGGCCCUCCUGGAUGGACGCCGACUUCUACCCCGUCCAAGCCCGCCUCAUCCAGGGGCUCGACACCGCCCCCACCACCGCCACCCCGCACAACCCCGUCCUGCUCGUCGACAUCGGCGGCGGGCUGGGCCACGACCUGGCCGAGUUCCGGCGCAAGCACCCGCGCGCGCCGGGCCGGCUGGUGCUGCAGGACGUGCCGGCCGUGAUCGCACAGACGGGGCCCUCGGCGGGGCUGGAUGCGGCGAUCGAGACGAUGGUGUAUGAUUUCCAUACGGAGCAGCCUAUCGUGGGUGCGCGCGCGUAUUAUAUGCAUAGCGUGCUGCAUGACUGGCCGGAUGAGGUUUGUGGGAACAUUUUGGGGAGGGUGGCGGCCGCCAUGAGGCCCGGGUAUAGUCGGCUGUUGAUCAAUGAGAAUGUGAUUCCGGGGACGGGCGCGGAUUGGCAGGCGACGGCGCUGGAUCUGAUGAUGUUGUCGCUGCUUAGUUCUAGGGAGCGGACUGAGACUGACUGGCGCCGGUUGUUGGAGGAUGCGGGGCUGAGGGUGCUCAAGAUUUGGGGCUCGGAUAAACAGAAUGGCGUGGAGAGCUUGAUUGAGUGCGAGCUUGCCUAGGUAGGGAGCUGGGGACAAGGGGGGACUGUGUUGGUGUGGUGAUGAGAUGACGGCGCGUCUCGUGUGUUUACUACAAACUCCUAAUAACUAAUAUGAAACACCACUCUGCCUUGUGAUG